CUCACUUGGACAAGGUGAUUCAGCUUUGGAGGAACAACAUCACUACGACACUAAGUCACCACAUCCCUACGCUACUACACCACUACGCUACUACACCACUACGCUACUACACCACUACGCUACUACACGACAUUAUGGCCACGAGACCUGAAUUGCCAGAUGGACUUCUCGGAGCUCUGCCAAAGUUUAGUGAGCUUAAGCUCAAAACUGACAGCCACAGACAAUCCGAGUUUCAAGUGGCAGCUAACAAUGUAUGCAUCAGGAUCAAGACAGCUAUUCCUGUCAAGGUGGGAACCAAGUUAACCCAGUGUGACGGGGAGAAAGUUCUGCCAGACUAUGUCUUGACACAGAGACCAGACGAGACGUACGUCUGUUUCCACCUUGGCUUCCCCUCCUCCGGCUGGUACACCUUCACCAUCUUCGCCCUGCGGGAGACCGACCCCAGUGAAUCAAUGCCUAACGUCUACACCUACCUGAUCGACGCGGUGGUUCCCAAACCAGCCCGGACCUACCCCAAGGUGUACACAAAGUUCUACACGGACUACUGUGUCCUGGAGCAACCUAUGGUGCUGAACGCCCAACAGAAGCAUCUUGACCAGGUCAAGUUCGACCUUCUGGUGCCUGGAGCUAACAAGGUUGCUGUCCAUGUAGGGGACGAGUGGUUCAAGUUGACCAAGAUCGGGGACAACUGGCAGGAUACCCUUGACCUUCAUGAGUACAAUCAACCUAAGGCCAAAGUUCAAGUGAUGGCAACAUACGAUGAAGAAGGCAUCAACUACAAGGGUCUGUUGGAGUAUGUUCUGUAGGAAUAGGCUCUGACACGGGAUGUAUGUGAGGUGCCAGUCUCUAGCACGUUUGUAUGUGAGCGGUGCAAGUCUCUAGCACCAGCUGUAUGUGAGAGGUGCAAGUCUCUAGCACGUUUGUAUGUGAUAGGUGCAAGUCUCUAGCACCGGCUGUAUGCGUGGUGCAAGUCUCUAGCACCAGCUGUAUGUGAGAGGUGCAAGUCUCUAGCACGUUUGUAUGUAAUAGGUGCAAGUCUCUAGCACUAGCUGUAUGCGUGGUGCAAGUCUCUAGCACCAGCUGUAUGUGAGAGGUGCAAGUCUCUAGCACGUUUGUAUGUGAUAGGUGCAAGUCUCUAGCACCGGCUGUAUGUAAGAGGGGCCAACUCUAGCACCAGCUGUAUGUGAGAGGUCCAAGUCUCUAGCACCAGCUGUAUGCAUGGUGCAAGUCUCUAGCACCAGCUGUAUGUGAGAAGUGCCAACUCUAGCACCGGCUGUAUGUAAGAGGUGCCAACUUUAGCACCAGCUGCAUGUCAGAGGUGCAAGUCUCUAGCACCGGCUGUAUGUGAUAGGUGCAAGUCUCUAGCACCGGCUGUAUGUGAGAGGUGCCAACUCUAGCACCAGCUGUAUGUGAGAGGUGCAAGACUCUAGCUCCGCCUGUAUGUUAGAAGUGUCAACUCUAGCACCGCCUGUAUGUGUGAAAUGCCAGGCUGUAGCACCUACAUGUUUGAGACUUCCAGCACUUUUUGUAUCUCAGAAAACUGUUUUCUUCUAGACGUGGUUCAACUAGGCUGUAACUAGAGAAACAACUCUUGGAUAUUUUAUUUCUCUGUGUAUCAUUAGAUUGUGUCACUACACACAAACUUACAACUUUAUUAUCGUCUUAGUCAUGAAAUUCAGGCCUGUAAAAUUUGUAUGUACUUUAUAACAAUAAAGUUAAAAAUUGUGUGUAUUUUGUAA